AAUCGGAUAUCUUAUCGUACACAUGCACUGUCUUCCAUUUUUAUUUCUUUUAAGAUUUAUCAACUGCUGCAUGUAAAAUUUGCAACUAUCCGUAUUUUCAUACGCAAUAAGAAUAAAUCCGAUUGCUACAAUUUUGAAAUAUGGCAGAUUCAUUUGACAAUUCUUUGUACGAUGCCAAUGAUGCCAAAGGAAUCGAUCCCGAAAUAGCGGGGCUUCUAAUGGUUGAAAAGCAAAAAGCGCAACUUAAUGCACAGAUUCACGAGUUUAACGAUAUUUGUUGGGACAAAUGCAUGGAUAAACCAGGAAGUAAAUUGGAUGGACGUACAGAAACUUGUAUAAACAACUGCGUCAAUAGAUUUAUAGAUGUUUCUGUUUUUGUUACUAGUCGUUUUGGACAAUUCAUAAAUGCUAUAGAAAAAUAAGAACAUAUUGUUAACAUAUACUAUUGUCUGCUUAAAAUUACAAUGAAUUAUAUCUUUAAGAAAAGUAUUUUAAAAUUAUAAAAAAUGAUAAAGUUAUCUUUAUAUUUGUAAUUUAAUACUUAUGAGUGAAUAAAAUAAUGAAUAUACAAAAUAUCUCUGUAUUUUCUGGUUAAUAUUAAUAAAAUCUUUACAUUUUAUGUAAAAUAUAAAAUAAAAAUACUGUGAAAUAUCAUAA